AUGGCAAAGUUCUACGCCGUUGCCCACGGGUUUGAACGCGGUAUAUACGAAAAUUGGGACGAUGCUAAGAAACAGAUUGAUGAUUUUCCGCAACCAGUGUACAAAAAAUUCUCUACCCGUGAGGAGGCGGAGGAGUAUUUGAGCGCUCGGCAACCGAAGAAAAUCGAAUUAGUUUUUCCCGAACCAAACAAAGAGAAAUAUUAUGCAGUUGCACGUGGCUAUACCGUCGGGGUUUUCGAUAAGUAUGAGGAUGUUAAAAAAUAUAUUGAUGGUUAUCCGCAACCACUUCAUAAGAAAUUUGACAGCCUCGAUGAAGCUGUUGCCUAUUUCAACAAAUUUUUCCAUGGGACAGUGGAAGAGAAGUUAAAACGAAGCGGAGGAAUUUCAAAGAAAAAGGACGAUAAAGGAGACGUGUAUUAUGGGGUUGCCCGAGGCCACACAACAGGGGUAUUCACGUCCUGGGAAGAGUGCAAGAAGCAAACGGUGGUCUUCAAAGGUGCGAAAUUCAAGAAGUUCGAUAGUGAAGAGGCAGCUACUAUGUUCGCUGAAGGAAAGACUUUGAAGCAAAUAGGUUUGCUUUUAAGAAGUUCUACUAAGUCAGUUGCAUGCUAUAAUGUGAUAAACACUUGUCAUCUCUUGCAGUUGAUGGGAUAA